AUGAAAAUGCCCUUCCUAAUGCAGGUUGUUCUACUCGGGUUCAUCUCGACUACACCCUGCGUUUUCCGGCUGCCCGUAAGUCCUCCCGGAUUACCUCCUGCUUACCACACCCACAAGCCGCCACUUAUGUUCACCGACGAGAACGAUGAAUGUCAAGCCGAACCGGAUCCGCCACCUUCAGUCGCCGACCACUUCAUCGCCUGGCAACCUCGGACAUCGACUAGCGCCGCAUCCCUACAAAAGCCGCCUUCGCCCGGAGGCCAGUUGGGGCACGCCACUGCAUCGAACGCGAUCAUGAAAAUGCCCUUCCUAAUGCAGGUUGUUCUACUCGGGUUCAUCUCGACUACACCCUGCGUUUUCCGGCUGCCCGUAAGUCCUCCCGGAUUACCUCCUGCUUACCUCACCAACAAGCCGCCACUUAUGUUCACCGACGAGAACGAUGAAUGUCAAGCCGAACCGGAUCCGCCACCUUCAGUCGCCGACCACUUCAUCGCCUGGCAACCUCGGACAUCUACUAGCGCCGCAUCCCUACAAAAGCCGCCUUCGCCCGGAGGCCAGUUGGGGCACGCCACCGCAUCGAACGCGAUCAUGAAAAUGCCCUUCCUAAUGCAGGUUGUUCUACUCGGGCUCAUCUCGACUACACCCUGCGUUUUCCGGCUGCCCGUAAGUCCUCCCGGAUUACCUCCUGCUUACCUCACCAACAAGCCGCCACUUAUGUUCACCGACGAGAACGAUGAAUGUCAAGCCGAACCGGAUCCGCCACCUUCAGUCGCCGACCACUUCAUCGCCUGGCAACCUCGGACAUCUACUAGCGCCGCAUCCCUUCAAAAGCCACCUUCGCCCGGAGGCCAGUUGGGGCACGCCACCGCAUCGAACGCGAUCAUGAAAAUGCCCUUCCUAAUGCAGGUUGUUCUACUCGGGUUCAUCUCGACUACAUCCUGCGUUUUCCGGCUGCCCGUAAGUCCUCCCGGAUUACCUCCUGCUUACCUCACCAACAAGCCGCCACUUAUGUUCACCGACGAGAACGAUGAAUGUCAAGCCGAACCGGAUCCGCCACCUUCAGUCGCCGACCACUUCAUCGCCUGGCAACCUCGGACAUCUACUAGCGCCGCAUCCCUACAAAAGCCGCCUUCGCCCGGAGGCCAGUUGGGGCAUGCCAUCGCAUCGAACGCGAUCAUGAAAAUGCCCUUCCUAAUGCAGUUGCUUCUGGCACGGGCGACAUUCACGGCCGAUGCAUCAAACAAGAUAGUGGAUUCCGUUGGCGCUGCGCCGAUCUAUUUCGGCGGCUGCGCAGAAGAGGCAUCCCUUGUUCUCAACUCUUGGACGCCACCACCGUCAUCGACUGACACCGAUAUAAGCAGCCCAACAUCACGGCUUUCCUACAGUGGGCACGUCGGCUGGCCGCCAGUAACAGCCAUGACCAACCCUUUGGUUUCCUUUAUGCAGGUCACCAGACGAGUCCCCUUGGCUCUCCAGGGACCACUGCGAGCUGAACUCAACCAGACGCAGAGGGCAUCCAUAAUUUCUAAGGUGGAAGAGCCAACAGACUGGACGGCCGAGCAGGACCUUCAGGCUUUCCUCCGACAGGCACCUGAGCUACAGGAAAUUGCUAGACGCCGCCUUCCUGCAGUAACUCCACAGGACACCAUCGAUCACUGCACCGUUUUCGUCGAGGAAGUCCAUCCCAAGAUACACGUGUGA